AAAGACUCUCCGAACUCACCAUGUCGACAUUACAACAAACAGAAGCUUCUCUUCAAAACGACGAUCUUUCCUUUCUUUUCUUCUCCGUUUCCUUAGCUCAUACGUUUACACAUUGAUCGAUACCUCUAACGGAUACGUGGCAUCACCGUAAAACCUCAUCGGAUUUUAAGAGAAUCGGCUGUUUUAUCGCCGAUUAAUUCUUUAUCCUUAAACAAUGAAGAUCAAUGUGAAUGAAAUUGCUCGAAAAGUGGAAGUCGAUAAUCGGAUUCCUCUCCGAUACUAUUACAGAAUCGCUGAUAAUCUCCUUAGACAGGCGAAUAUACACAGAGAGGAGAAGAAUAUAGUAGAUUUGUAUAUAAUACUUCUUAGGUUUUCGAGUUUGGUGUCUGAAACUAUUCCAUUUCACAAGGAUUACCAUGUUUCGCUUCCAAAAGAAAGAGUAGCUUAUAUAAAGAGUUUGUUAGGUGUAUUAAAUGAGCUUGAAUCUUUGAAACCGGUAUUUCAUCGUCGCGUUGAAGAGAUUAACAAUGCUUUUGCAAGAACACAACUUUGUGAACUUGAUGGCCCAGAACGGCUUUCAUGUGAUUCUGAGCCAUCUCCUUCAGAAUAUCCUCUUGUUAAUAGAACUUCCUACACUAACACCAAUGUCAAACGGCCCUAUGGUGUGGCACUACAGUCUUCAUGGAAGUAUGAUAACAAUAAUACUCAAGUGUCAUCUUCAAACUCUCUGCCAAUUGACAAGCAGUUGAAUAAAUUAUCUAUUAGUCUUCCUCUUCCAAAGCAAGAGACAUUGUCUAAACACUCAAUUUUAGGCCCUAAUGGUCUUCGAGGCCAAUGGCGAGGACCUACUGCACAGAUAAAGGUUCAGUAUCCAAAUUAUGCUGAUUUAACCUCUUCUGAAGAUUCAAGUCUGAAUCAGGCUGGACUAUAUGAUAUUGCACUGAAUGAUAAUAAUUCUGGGGGAGUUGGCUCAACAAUGGAAUCCGUGCUCUCCUUAGAUGAUGGGAUAUGGCCACGUCCUGCUGAAGAGUCAAUCCCUGCAUUAAUUCAUGAAGCAAGGGAAGAUCCUUUCCAGUUUGUUGGCAUCAGGCAACCCUCCCCACCUCCUGUUCUUGCUCAAGUGCAGCAAGAGUUUUCUCCAAUUCCUCCAUCUAAAGUUGCAGAUCCAAGACCUGGACCAGCAAAACCUUCUCAGGAUGGGAUUCACAACUCUAAUUCGUAUCAACAUUUACACGUUCCGGUAAAUAUGAUGGAAGACUUCUUGAGAUUAGCUCGUGCUAACACAAAGAAAAAUCUAGAAACAUGUGGUGUUCUUGCUGGUUCAUUGAAAAACAGGGUCUUUCAAAUCACUACACUUAUAAUCCCAAAGCAAGAGUCAACUUCAGAUUCGUGUCAGACAAUAAAUGAAGAAGAAAUAUUUGAAGUUCAAGACAGGCUGGCACUCUUUCCUCUUGGAUGGAUUCAUACACACCCAUCACAGACAUGUUUCAUGUCUUCUGUUGAUCUGCACACUCAUUACUCGUACCAGAUCAUGUUACCUGAAGCAAUUGCAAUUGUCAUGGCUCCGACUGAUACAUCAAGUCCACAUGGCAUAUUUCACUUGUCCGAUCCGGGUGGUGUGUCUGUAAUUCGAAAUUGCCUGCAGAGGGGUUUUCAUCCCCAUGAAGAGCCAUUGGAUGGAACCCCAAUCUAUGAGCACUGUUCUCAUGUCUAUAUGAAUUCCAAGUUAAAGUUUGAUGUUGUUGAUCUUCGAUGAACUUGCAUUUCCUUACCUAGAACAUGAAGAAAAUAAUUUUUGCAAAGUACAUAUCUCAUGUUGUAUAUUCAACUGUUUUGCGGAGUAGAAAUUCAGCAAGAGUAUAGCAUGUUCAUUUUUCUGAA